AUGCAUAGAAAGCCAACAAGUUUUUUUUUUUUUUCCUGCAGCAGAGCCGCUUACACCUGCCGGUGCAGCCAAGACCCCUGCGGUAAAGCGGCGGUUUAUUUUCUCACCUGUCAAAUCCGGCUGGCCGCCGCUGGCGUCUCUGCUACUAACACUUCCUUCUCCCGACCUUAA